AUGUCGCUGCCUAGUCGCGGCGGCCUCCGCUACUGCGCCCGACCGCGGUUGCAGUGGCGCGCGUUGAGCAUUGGCUCGCGGCUCCGCGAGAAGAACGACGCUUGGCGAGAGGCUUCCGAGGCGCAGCUCGAGGCGUCGCGCAAGGUGCUGGACAGCGACUGGAAGACGCACCAGCGGACGAUGCAGGAGAUCCGUGACGCGGUGCGCAACCGCGAACCGCUCACGCUGCAGGCGCCGCCGGCGGCGCUCUACGACGAGCGCGAUGCCUUCUACUUUCCGGAGCUGCAGGCGCGCUCCCUGAACGGUGAGACGCGCUCCCUCUCCGCCUCGGACGCGUUUGCGCACCGCUUCUCCCUCGUCGGCUGCGCUGGCUCGCGCUUCUCCGAGGCGAUGGUGGAGGGAUGGCUGGGCGCCUUUGAGCAGGCGGCUGUGGGCGAGGCCGCCGCCGCCGCAGGCGGCCGCGGAAGUUGCGACAGUGGUAGUGGCGGCGGCGGCGGUGGCGGCGGCGGCAGCAGCGGAGGCGGCAGCGGAGGCGGAGGAGGAGGGGAGAGUUCGCCUCUGCCUCAGGUGCUGCGCCUCUCGCUGGCGGAGGGCACGGCGCUCAGCUGGCUGCGGUGGCCGCUGCUCGCCUCCAUGCGCGUGUCCGUGCCAGCCGCGCGGAGACCGAGCUUUAUGGUUUGCUUUGGCGACUUGACUGGCGCCCGGCGAAAGAUGCGGAUGGAGAACCGGUACCUCGGCUACGUCUGCCUCGUCGACCCAUCCGGCGUGGUGCGCUGGCACGUCCACUCCUCAGAGCCACCGACGGAGGCGGCCACGGAGGCGCUGCGCGCGCUGCUGCCGCGGUGA